AUGCUACAGAUUCUGCGACAUAGCAAGCAUGUCCUUCCUCACAUCGCACGUCUGUGCCUGAUCUCCACCUUCCUGGAGGACGGCAUUCGCAUGUGGUUCCAGUGGAACGAGCAGAGGGACUACAUCGAGGCCACCUGGGGCUGCGGUUACUUCCUCGCUUCCCUCUUCGUCUUCAUCAACCUGGUGGGACAGGUGGGAGGGUGUGUGAUGAUCCUCAGCAGACAGAAGGUGCAGUGGGCCUGCGGACUCCUGUCUGCCAUCAUUGCCCUACAGACUAUAGCUUACAGUAUCCUGUGGGAUAUCAACUUCUUAAUGAGGAACCUGGCCCUUGCAGGAGGUCUGCUGCUGCUGUUGGCAGAGAGCAAGGCUGAGGGGCGGAGCCUGUUUGCUGGCGUGCCGACCAUGGGAGACAACAACCCCAAGACUUACAUGCAGCUGGCUGGGCGCAUCCUCCUCAUCCUCAUGUUCCUCACACUUAUACGAUUUGGUGCUGGUUACGUGCAGGCUUUCCAGAACAUAGUUGGCCUCUGUCUGAUCAUCCUGAUUGCGGUGGGGUACAAGACCAAGCUCUCAGCCCUGGUCCUGGUCAUACAGCUCACCCUGCUCAACUUCUAUCUGAACGACUGGUGGAACAUCCCAGACUACAAGCCCAUGCGCGAUUUCCUCAAGUACGACUUCUUCCAGACCAUGUCUGUGAUUGGUGGACUGUUGCUCGUGGUGGCGCUAGGCCCCGGGGGAGUCAGUGUAGACGAGAGAAAAAAGCAGUGGUAGUAGGACGAUUGGAGUUACUCAUGUGCCAUUGGAGAGAGAGAGAGGGAAAGGCAUUUUAUCCGACAGUGUCACCUUGUUUUUGUGAUUCAUUCAUUUCCGUGUUCCUAGGAACAUAGUACAUGUUAGGUUGAUGAAGUAUAUAGUAGAGGGGAUUCAUUCC